UCUUCGUCAGAUAAGUCUGUAAGCGAGCAUAAUCCACAGGAGUUCUUGGAAAGGGUGAAAAGGAUUUUCCCUCGCUCCGCUUUAUAUUUGUUCAGUGAGGAAGACUUCUUGAAAAUGUAUAGCCCAAUGGCGAGAGUAAAAUAGACAAUUCGGCAACCCUCCGAAGAUAGUCCUGAGAUUGCUAGGCACAUCACUCAGGGCUCUUGGCCUGUCUCUUCGCAGAUCUCUUCUCAGCAUAGUACUCCCCAUGGCUCUCAAGGCACAUCUCAGCGAAGUCACUCUUCUCAACAGAGUUUGUCCGGUCAGCAGGACUCCUUUCCACCCCCUUUGAAUUGGGAUACCAGUCGGGUUCCCCAUCACUCUUCUUCUUAGCGAGAACAUAUCAAGGGCUCUCAUCGCCAGGUUACUUACCCUCAAGAGCAUUCUAUUCAUAGGUUCCGACCUAAGGUGGUUCGCCCUUAUUCCAAGUGCAAGACAGUCUCGCCAGCUGUGCAGCAGAAGAAGAGAUGACAAAAAGAGUUCCAUUCAUCAGAUUCUGGGGCCACCUUUGCCAGUGAGAUCAUAUGGAAACCGGUUGAGAAGUCUCACCCUGCUGAUUACGAGGUUGUUUAGUUCAAGGGGGCUGCCUCUGACAUGACUGAAGAGAAGGUAAAGAACUUAAGGAAGACCUUUGACCUCUCUGGCAUGUCUAUUACUAUCCCUGGUCCAAACGAGAUAGAUAUGAGGACCCACCUUUGGGUAUGUGUGCCUGGACACGCUCUGCCAUCAAGUCUGGUGCCUUACUUCCUCUUCAUCCAUACUUCCAGAGCGUGGUAGAUUAUUUUGCUAUUAGUCCUUCUCAGUUGGCUCCCAACGCGAUCUUGGUGUUAUCUGCGUUGUACAUUAUCUAUCAUCGUUGCAAAUGGGGUGCUCCGGUACCUCAUGAGAUCCACUACAUAUUUGAUAUGAAGACAAACCCUUCUCAAUGCAACUUAGGGUACUUCCACUUCCACCAUUAUACGAGCGAGGGUACUGACACCUUCUUGGAAGAGAUCUUUGGAAAUAGCAAGGCCUUUAGAUAUGCAGACAACUAUUUCUUCACUAAGGAUGCAGAGGCCAACUACUCAAAGUUUAAGCACGUCAGACCUUUUUAUAGACCGGUCCCGACCCAAGCUAUGACUGUUAGGGCCAAGGCGUAGAUUUCCAUGACCCCUGAGGAGAAGAAUGUCAAUACCCUCGUUACUUCAGAGAACUUUAGGAAGGUUGGGUUGUUUCCUUCUACUAUAGCCGAUGUUUUGGAUGAAGAUGGUCCUGAGCCCGUGAAUGCCAUAGACUCCCCGGGACCUAUUCAUGUUGAGGAGGUACCCUCUUCACCCGUGCUCGCUGGACAGGACAAUGAUGAGGUGGAUGCAUCUGCACACUCAUUACUUGCUUUGGAUGAUUUUGAUGAAGCCAUGUUCGAACCUGAAUCACAUUCAGAAGGUUCAGAUAUGUUCGGCUUUGUUCAUACCCAACAGAGGUCCACUCCAACUGAGACUAGCCCUUCCAUCUAAGCGGCCAAGAAGGCCAGGGUUGACCCUGAGUCGAUAACGAAGGUUCCUCCCGAGGUGUCUUCUUCGAAUCCUUUGGCGUCUAGUCCUGUCACAGAGGUAGAGCCAUUCUUACCUACACCGGUUCCUCCCAGUUUCACUGAUGCGGGUGCCUCUUGUUCUACGCCUGCUCCCUUAUCUAAGCCACACCAUUCUGCCAUACAAAAUUUAAGUGCCAUCAUGGACUGAGCGUCCCAUUUGGAGCAGACAGCAAUGGAUUUUAAUGGGAUUAAGAAUGAGGA